AUGAAAAGUCCAGGCAAAGAUUUUUGGUUAAAUAUGAAUACAGAAUGCUCUGACGAGUCUGAUGAUGAUGAGGACUACAUUCCAAACGGCGAUGUAAUAGAAGAACGCGAAGAUACUAGUGCAGAUUCUUCUUCUAUGGAAGUCGAUGAAGAAGUUGGAGGAGAAGAGGAGCAACGAGAAGAGAAUAAUGAAGGAAGUAGUUCUCGAUCACCGACGUCAAAUAGACGCGCAUUAAGGUCCAGAAAUGGCAAUGGGGUUAUCGUCAAUGGUCACAUCAAUAAUAAUCCUAAUCAUAGCAAUGGCAGUGUCACCAAUAACAUAACAAGAGGAGGUCCUUUCAACAAUUCAGCUCCAAAUCAUCAACUUAAGAAAUUAGAUGUUCCAUUUCAAAUAUUUUCAGAAUCUUUUAAUCGUUAUCAUGAUGAUCAAGAAAGAGAAUUACAAUCAUUGGUUAGAUUGGAAAGGCAUGCAACAAAGAAAUGUCAUGAAGUGGACUGUGAAUUAGAUAAAUCAAGAAGAGAAAUAGAUGCCAAAAAAAAUAAUCUAAAGCUAAUAAAUGAUCAAAACAAAUUGAUUCGAGAACAAAUUGAGAAUAUUCAUGAAGUGGACUGUGAAUUAGAUAAAUCAAGAAGAGAAAUAGAUGCCAAAAAAAAUAAUCUAAAGCUAAUAAAUGAUCAAAACAAAUUGAUUCGAGAACAAAUUGAGAAUAUUCAUCAUUUGAUUAUUCCAAUUUGUCAACAAGUUUCUGAUGAAUUAGAUGAUUUAACUAUUGGACCUUUUCUUGCAAAGUUUGUAAAAAAUUAA